AUGAUUAUCACACAAACAGUCGGAGAUGGUGGUAUACGAUCAGAGCAAAUGUCUUUAAUGCCUGCUUCUAAAUUUCAAUGUGUCAAUACAACUUGUUUACCGUUCAUUAGCGUUAUUACAACAGACAUUAGGAAUUGUCAAUUUGCUUGUUUAGGUCAAAGUCAAUGCACAGCAGCAACUUUUCAUCAAUCAAAUUCUAAUUGCGAAUUAUUUGAUAACAUGUUGAAUCAAAACGGGAAUAUGUUGGCUGAUGUCGAUGCUACUAGUAUGAAUGUUAUUAGUGGAACACGAUUUCCAUCGGGUUAG